GUUCUGGCUCGCCGUGGCGGUGUGAAGCGUAUCUCUGGUCUGAUCUACGAAGAGACUCGCGGCGUACUCAAAGUGUUCCUGGAGAAUGGCAUCACCAAGCCGGCUAUCCGCCGUCUGGCUCGCCGUGGCGGUGUGAAGCGUAUCUCUGGCCUGAUCUACGAAGAGACUCGCGGCGUUCUCAAAGUGUUCCUGGAGAACGUGAUCAGGGACGCCGUCACCUACACCGAGCACGCCAAGAGGAAGACCGUCACCGCCAUGGACGUGGUUUACGCCCUGAAGCGUCAGGGACGAACCCUGUACGGCUUCGGAGGUUAAACGCUCGACUCGAACAACCAGAAACCCAACGGCUCUUUUAAGAGCCCCC